AUGGCACCCCCACAGAAACCGGAGACCUUCAUGUUAUCAACUGAAGCCCAGCACAAUCUUCCGCACGAUGCGCAGGUCGCCUUGCAGCAAGUGGACAACCUGAAAUAUUUCCUUCUGUCGGCCCCCGUCGACUGGCAAUCCGACCAACUUAUUCGUCGUUUCUUGCUUCCGACCGGCGAUUACGUUUCUUGUGUUCUAUGGAGCAAUCUCUUUCACAUCUCUGGUACGGAUAUUGUGCGAUGCUUGGCCUUUCGAUUCCAAGCCUUCGGUCGCCCUGUGAAGAACUCGAAGAAGUUUGAAGAGGGCAUUUUCUCCGACUUGCGAAAUCUCAAGGCCGGCACAGAUGCGACUUUAGAAGAGCCAAAGAGCGCCUUCCUCGACUUCAUGUACAAGAAUAACUGCAUUCGGACACAGAAGAAGCAGAAGGUGUUCUACUGGUACAGCGUGCCUCAUGAUCGCUUGUUCCUGGAUGCCCUCGAACGUGACUUGAAACGUGAGAAGAUGAACCAGGAAGCCACCACGGUCGCUGUGAGCGAACCGGCCAUGUCCUUUGAAUUCGACUCAUCGCAGUCCCUCUACGAGCAAUUGACAAAGGCACAACAAGCGAACUCGUCCUCGUUUGCUGCCCACGCAAGUACGACAUCAUCAUAUGGCCAGUCCAACUCCCCCGUUGUUCGGACCGUUGACGCAAUGCCUCCUCCCCAGAUGGCUCCCCAGAUGGCCCCCCCGCCAGCAAUUCCGCUUCUCCAGGACGACUCCGCGACUCCGUCGAUGUACAGCAACCCGAUGCCCCUCUCGAACAGCCUGGUUCAGGGUCUCAUUAAACGUGAGCAAGACUACGGAAUUCAGUACGACCGCAAUGGAAUGCCUAUCGCCCGCAUCCACCAACGCCACUCCUCUAUGCCGACUUUCUACGAGUACUCCCCCGCGCCGUCCUUCGUGUCGUCGCAGUACGAAGAUUACAGCAACCGCGGCCUGUCGUUUGAGCCCGUCACCCCACCACAGCAUUCGGUUGGACUCGGCGCUGAGCCCGCUUACAUCGCCAACGAGGAUACCGGCUUGUACACUGCGAUUCCAGAUCUCUCCCACGGGGCCCCAUACAACCCCAUGAUGCAGCUCCCACCGUCGAACUUCACCGGUGGUCACUACCAAGCGGCCUCUCGACCUUAUUCAAACAACCCGUACUCUGUUGUUGAAGGGUCACCGACUUACAAACAGCGAAGGCGACGACCAUCUGUCACUCCGGGUCCCUCAAAUGGAACCCCCGGAUUGAUGAAUGGUUCUGUUCAGGGCACAUCCGUUCCUCCUACAACCUACGCCGCUCACAAACCCAGUGAUCUUCGUCGUUCGGUCUCAAGCUCUGUGGCUCCUGGCCUGGAAGCAGAUGACGGUUCUCACGAUCUAGCUCGGACCUAUCCGAGUGCGAUGUUGCCCCAAAAAGAUUUGUUGCAGGAAAUUUCGCGCCAUGGCACCCCACUCCAGCCACUGGACGGUAGCGUUGAGCCACAACCAGCCCCCAUGUCAAACCCGCAUGAUGACUUGGCAGCGCUUCCAACUAGUGCAGCCAUUGAGACGACCGUUCAAAACAGCACCGGCCGGUCGGAUCGCACAGCUCCUGGUCCCGCUCGUCGGGCCCGUAGUGCAACAAUGAUGGAGCUGGGACCGUACCCACAAAAAUCUCACUCCUGCCCAAUUCCGUCCUGUGGCAGACUUUUCAAGCGUCUAGAGCAUCUCAAAAGGCACGUGAGAACCCAUACACAAGAACGUCCAUACCCCUGUCCAUACUGCAGCAAAGCUUUCUCGCGAUCCGACAAUCUGGCACAACACCGCCGCAUUCAUGAGGCUCAACAAGACGGCCAGCCCGUUGCAACUGAGGAAGACUUGGAGAAUGAGGAAAAUGAUUUCGAGUCCGCUGGCGAAGAUUCUUCUCCCCCUGCCCUAGAGCCCGCUCAUCCUCAUGCUCACCAUGCUCACGCUCAUGCCCAUGUUCAUGCCCAUCCUCAUGCUCACGCCCAUGCACCUCACAUGGUCAACAUGCCUGCUAUGACGUCUAUGCCCGCUCCAAUGAGCAUGCCAUCUGCUGUCCCCACCAUGGUCGGAGCUCAUAUGAUAGCUCCCCAGCUUCUUCAACAGCAGAUGUAA